AUGUGGUUAAACCCGGCGAUGAGGCGACACCCCUGUUGCUGCAGCGCGGGGUGGAAGCUUGGAGGUCAACUCUACGCCUCGUCCAUGGGCGCCGUCACUGAGGUCGGCGGCCGGGGUGCCGUCCCCUCUGUGCGAUGGAUCAAAAGGGGCUUUCGUGGCUCCGCUGGAGGGCAUGGCAGCCUCUUGCUCUCUAACGCCGUCCGCGGAACGCGGCACGCCGCGCUGGGUUCGUCGCCAGCGCCGCAUGCAUUUCUUGCUUCGCCGCCGCGGCCAGCCUCUCUCGCAGCCGGCGCCGUCCUGACCCCACUCCGAGCCGCGUCGCCGCAAGAAGGACCUUUGGUCGGCUCUUCCUCCGCUGGCAAUGCCUCAGUCCUUGCAGCCUCACCGCCGCCGGGUGCGACUCGGAGCGAGGCGGCGCAAGGCGCGGCUGCUGCGCCGGCGGCCGAAGUCUUCCCGUUCCAGGCUGAGGUGAAGCGAGUGCUGGACAUCAUUGUGAAUUCCUUGUACACGGAUCGCGACGUUUUUCUGCGUGAGCUGAUAUCGAACGCCGCAGACGCGAGCGACAAGAAACGCAUGCUGAUGGAGAAAGUGGGUCGGAAGUUCCGCGGCAGCAUCCGCGUGCGCGCCGAUCGCGAGCGGAAUACGCUGACGAUUGAGGACGACGGGAUUGGAAUGAGCAAAGCCGAGUUGAUCAACAACCUUGGCACGAUCGCGCAGUCGGGCACCUACCGAUUUCUGCAGCAGCUUAAGGAGCAGCAGAGCUCGGGCGUCGCGGGCGCUGGCUCGCAGGCGUCUUCGCUCAUUGGCCAGUUCGGCGUCGGCUUCUACUCCGCAUUUCUCGUCGCAGACACAGUCGAGGUGUACAGCGCCGCGUGGCAAGGCGCCGGCGAGGGCGACCAGCAGCCGAGCGGCGCGCGAGAAGUCUGGAAAUGGAAAAGCACCUGCGGCCAGACGUUCACACUGGAGCGCGUCGACGCAGCGGCGGAGCGAGCGCGGAUCCUCGACGAGCGGAAGGUGCUGCGAGACCACUGGAAGAAGCAGAGGGCGCAGAAGGCGGCGAGCGACGCAGGGGCGAACCCGCCCGCGGAGGCAGAUGCCCUCUCGCAGGGGGCGGCGGACCUCGAAAAAGACGCAGAAGAGGAACUGGAGAAGGACUGGAGCGGCACCCGCGUGGUGCUACAUUUGAAGGAAGACAGCGACGACUACCUCGAAGACUACAAGCUCAAGGAACUGAUGCGAAAGUAUUCCGAGUUCAUCCAGCUCCCCAUUCAUAUCUGGUCUGAGCGCAUCGAGUACGAGCGCGUUCCCGAAGGCAGCGAACCGCGGCGGGAGUCGGCGGCGGAAGAGGGUCCGGUUCCAGGUCUCACGCGGCUCACGCCGGAGAACGUAGACGAGCAACUCACCAAAGUGAGCGACACCCUGGCGGCGCGAAGGCAGGGUGACACGGGCCUCGCGCCAGCCGCGGCAGGCACAGGCGGCAAGUUCAGAACGGUCACGCACAGGUACUACGAGUGGGAGCAUCUCAACACGCAGCCGCCCAUCUGGAGAAGGGACGAGAGUCAGUUAACCGACAAGGAUUACGUCGACUUUUACAAAUCAACCUUCAAGGCUUACGACGAUCCGCUCGGAUUUGUGCACAUGAAAGUCGAAGGCCAAGUCGACUUCAACGCGCUAUUGUUUAUUCCGGGUGCCUUGCCGUGGGAGCUCGCCCGCAACAUGUUUGACGAGGAGUCCAGGGGAAUCCGCCUCUACGUCAAGCGUGUCUUCAUCAACGACAAGUUCGCGGAUGCCGUCCCUCGGUGGCUCACGUUCAUUCGCGGUGUGGUAGACUCUGACGAGUUGCCGCUCAACGUCGGUCGCGAGAUCCUCCAGAAGUCGCGCAUGCUGCAAGUGAUCAACAAGCGCAUUGCUGCGAAGGCUGUCGAAAUGAUGAAGAACAUGAAGAACGAAGGGGGAGAGAAGUGGAGGCGUUUCUGGGACAACUACGGAAAAUACGUCAAGGUCGGAGCGGUGGAAGACAAAGACAACCAGGAAGACCUUGCGUCGCUAGUCCAGUUCUAUUCGACGGCAUCUCCGAAGGAGACGACGGAUUUGGCGGGCUACCUGCAACGCAUGAAAGAAAGGAAUGACAAGAUCGACCGUGGAGAGGACCCGCUGCCGACCAACUCGUCGGGUCGCAUCGUGUUGAGGCGCAAGCAGAACGCAGUCUAUUACUUGGCCGCAGAAAACCGCAAGGCAGCAGAAGAGAGCCCGGCGCUGGAGCUUCCUCGCGAACUCGGGUACGAAGUCAUCUUUGGAACCGAGCCGCUCGACGAGUUUUUCCUUGCCAGUCUCAGCAUCAACCAGUUUAAGGGCAUUCAGGUGAUUGAUGUGAACAAGGCCGAUCUCAAACUAGGCGGCGAAGAAAGCCCGGGAAGCGGCACCCGGAGCACCUCGACGGGGGGAGGGACAGGAGCCGGUCAGGCCAGGACGGCUGGGGUCGGAGACAAGGACAGCAUUGAAACGAAACGCGUGCAGAUGGGCAGCCUUUGCGAGUGGCUCCAGCAGAUUCUCGGCUCAAGAGUCCACAAUGUGCACGUCACAGACCGACUGUUCACCUCUCCCGCAGUCCUCGUUCAGGGCGACUUUGGAUUAUCUCCCACAAUGCAGCGAUACAUGAAGCAGCAGGCGGCAGCGCAAGGCGUCAGCGAACAAGAGCUCUACGGUGCAUCUCUCAAUCAGCCGAUCCUGGAACUCAACCCCUACCACCCGAUUAUCCAGCGACUAGAUAUCAUGGUCAAGCGAGAUGUGACCGACCCCAAGGCGAAAGAGGUCGCCCUCCAACUCUUCGAUGUCGCGGCUCUGCAGGGGGGAUACAACAUUGAGAAUCCGGGCUACUUCGCCAAGCGCGUGAUUGAGAUGAUGAAGCGAGAGGCAGACGCAGCUCUGUCAGAACAGAAAGACCAAAAGUCGAUGUCCCCCAAUGCCCCCCCGAGCGUCCCGGCCCCGCCUGUGCAGCAGCCUUCAGUGAGACAGCCGCCGCAGGCGUGA